CCCUAACACUAGCGAGCAUCGCCUGAUUUGUAGGCUCCCGCAGGAGUGGUUAGUCAUUCUAGGCACUGUGCCCUGCUUAGAAAUCAACUCGCCAACCUCCAGCCGUCCCAACCACCAUAACCCCGCCAUCGAUCAUGCCAGAGAAACACAGCGGCUCCGUAUUUCUCAAUCAUGGAUCGACGAUUACGAGUCCGUACCGGCUGUAUAACGUGUCGAAAGAGACGUGUGAAAUGCGACGAAGCCAAACCAGCUUGCGCUCGCUGUCGGGUUGCGAACUUCGAAUGUGGUGGAUACGACCCUCCACGGUCAGCAGGGGAUACCCCGCGCGUGCGAUCUUCAUCAAGAACAUCGCCUCAACAUAGCUCCUCCCGUGAAGGUUCUUCGGAGCUGGUGCAGGAUCUAGCAUGGCGACAUACCAAUUGGAGAAUGGAAGAGUUACCUCUCUAUCAUCACUUCAUCACGACUACAGCGGUUCGGCUAUUUCGGAAUGACCAUAUCGAGUUUUGGCGAGAUCAGGUGGCUCAGAUGUCUUUUGGUGUUGAUAUCGUGUAUGAAGCACUUCUAGCGAUUGGAGCGAUGCAUCGAGCUACUCUUUUGGCUUGCCAGCAUCGGGAUCUUCAGGGUGCGGCUCAGCUGAAGGUUUUGGGACUGAAAUCAUAUGGAAAGACGUUGCAAAUGCUUCCGACUUAUUUGGGGAGUAAAUCUGUGCCGGAUGUUCUGGCAAUCAUGGCGGUGCUCAUGCUUCUUGCAUAUUUUGAGUGUUUCAUGGAGAAUCCGAAAGGUGCCUUCGGACAUCUCUGGGCUGCAAUACAAGUUAUGAGGAGAUCUGAACAACAGCUUUCGGAGCGAGAAAUCUCCAACAUGAUCCCAGUCUACGAUGCAAUGCUACGAUUAGACUUUCUCGCUCAGAAGGUAGUCCCCUAUGCUUGCUCAUCCUUCCUUCAAUUCUCAGAUAGAGCAAUUAUGGAGCGUCCAUUUUGGAAUCGAUCUGCAAUCGAAUACUGCGGGAUGACUCUCAAUGAUCGAAUAGCCAGUGAAGGCUUCCGUCAGAUACAGAUUAUUUGCGCACACAACACUUUUUCUCGCGUUGUUUGGGGAUGUUGGAGUCCUGUCUCCGAACGUCCAAAUCGUGCCGAACUGCUGGGUUUCUACUCAGAGAUGCAACUUUGGAAAGCGAACUCACCAGGGACGUUUGAGAGCUGUCAUGAAUUGGAAGUGAUACAAGCGCUUGACCCAGAAGACGUUGAAACACACCCCAUUCCGCCACCCGUUUGCAGGUUUGCUUGUAAUGAUGCAGCUCUCAACCUGGCUACCGCGAAUUGCUAUCUUGGCUGUGCGGUGGCGAUGAUCAGUACCACAGAUCCAGAUCCCUGGCCACGAGAACUGGAAGCUUUCAAUCUUGUCUACCAAACUCUUUGCAUUGGUGCUGGUCUAACAGGGAGAGAUAACCAGAACUCGUCGAAACCAUACAAGCCUUGCGAUGCAGUGAACAUGGGAAUUUCAACACUUUUGUAUCACGGAGCUCGCCGUUGUUAUUCAGUAGCAUGGCAGCAGUGGAUUAUUGACACAUUGCGGGUGAUUGGCCACGAAGGACUAUCGAAUGGGUUUGCGAUGGCCAAUACACUGGAUGUCAUGUGUCAGUUGCAAGCGAAGAUGAAUCGCAACAACCCGGAACGGCUCGGUGUAAACUCCUAUCUCGGUCCGCUACGCAGCAGGUUGAUUCCCCUACUAAUGCCAGUCUCGGAAGAUGGCGAGAUACUAGCAUUUUACAUGAGGUACGGUUACACUGAGCUUGACAACGAUGAAGAUGCCGUCCAAGUCGUUGCUAAGGCUACCUGGAAACAAGACCCGCAAGGAGUCAUGCAAGCUAUGAAGGUUGAGAUAUAUGAUAGCGUGAUAUCAGACGACUUGUACUUGCCAAUAAGGCCACAUGCUUUCGAUCUUUUUGACUCCUGGCGGCAGGCAGUACAAGGAGGCUGGCAUGGCUAUCUGUCCACCAAUGUCCGAGAGGGAUUUAUCGAACCGCCGCAAGAUCUCGUUCUCUGAGCAUGGGAAAUUCAGGCAGGAAAUAAACGAGACGUAGUCAAUCAGAACUAAUAUCCUUCGACGGUCAUACUCGGUGGUUGGGCACACUCUCUAUGCAGCAGGAUAAGCCUUAAUCUUCUCCAACAGCGCCUCAGCAAACGGCUUCGCACUCGCCGGAUUCUGGCCCAUCACCAACCUUUUCGUAGUACUAACAACCACAUGCGGCUCCCAAGCUUUCUUCGCCUUCUCAUAAAGUCCUCCACUCGCUUCAUUCAGUGCAUUCUCCAAAUGAAACGGCAUAUCCUUCUGUCUAUCCACAUCAAUCUCCUCCUGGCCGCUAAACCCAGUGAUCCUCUCUCCGGUCACAAGGAGAGUUCCAUCAGGGAGCCUUGCUUUGAGAAGCGCGGCAGUACCAUGGCAGACGGUUGAGAUGAUACGGUCUGCGAGGUAGAAUUCUUGGAUGAGUUGUGCAGAUGUGGGAUUGUCGGAGAGGUCGAACAUGGCUAGAUAUUUAUCCUCAGCAAGUGUGCUUAUCAAAAUCAAAAGAAAAAGGUACACUCACGUCCAAACCCGCCAACAUAGAGAAUAGCAAUGAAAUCCUUUGCUUUUCCCAGGAAUGACUCCAGCUUCUCCGUCUCAAGCCACAGCUUCGAUUUCGUAGCUGCGAACUCGACGCAGUAUGCGUCCUUUUUGAAGAGUUCGAUGGACACCGGAUCGAGGAUUGUGGCGCCGCCUUUGGGAGAUGCCAUUACUAUGUCGCAGUAUGGAGAUAGGACUUCGUAUGGGUGGGCUAGCUCUGGCUGAAUGAAUGAUUGUGAGACGCAUGCGUAGUGAGCUGAGCAAUGAUGUUCUUACCAGGUACCAUCCUGCGGAGUGCGAGGACAAGACAGUCAAAAUUCUUGGCUUGGUCAUUUUUCCAGAGUGUGUAGUCUGAGCAAUGAUCUUAACAAUAAUAUCUUCGUGAUUGAUAAAGACUUUGGAGGUGGGUUUUUCGAUGCAGCAUGGGCAAUGCAAGUGGCGAGUUCGAGAUAUAUAUGCAUCGUCCUCAGUACAGCCGGCUCCACAAAGCACAGCAUCAGCAUCAGAGACAUCGCAUCAUAUCACCCCCUCAUGUCUACUCCAUGUCCGAUCGAUCACAUCUUUAGCUCCAUUCCUCAAUCAAUGAUUCCGAAUCCUCACUUUCUGACAGAUCCAUUUGCACCACCUAUCACCAUCUUUCACUCAACAGCCCUUCCCCCCAAACCUUGAACGCAUAGGAAACACCGAACAUGGGUAUCUUGAUCUCGAUUAGCCAGUAUCGGCACUGGUUUACAGGGCCGGCCGAUACAGCUCCUCUCAUUGGCGCGGAACUAACCGGGAAGCAAUUCAGAGACUAGAUAUGAGUGUUGAUAGUAUCACUGCUGUGCUCGCUUAACUCGCUUCGCUCGGAACGAGGUGGAGAUGAUACCACGGCAAGCGACCAGUUUCUUAUUUGUGUAGCAGCUUGGUUCUGGAGCUCCGCGUCUAUGUGUGUUUAUGUUUUGUCAGGUUUUGGAUAACAGGAAAAACUUGGUUCUAGAGGGCCAGUGCAGUGUUCUUUGAUAAGCAAAAAAGGGCUAUAUUUCCGCCACAGAAGGACUGCCAUGAACAUUCAACCUGUCUCUAAC